AAAAAUAGAAAAAAGGAAAAGAAAAUCACAGUUUCUUUCUAAUUUAUUACUAUCCAUUUCUUCGUUUCUUCUGCUUCGCCGACAAACACAAUCUUUAAAUCAAGCUUGCGCGCGCUCUCUCAUUCUCUCUGACUCUAUACAAUCCGUACAGCCAGUUAGAAGGUGUGUUAUUCACGGUUCAAGUUGAAGAUAAUUUGCCUGAGAACUAAUUGGUAGCCUAUCAUGCUUAGUAUAGAUUUGAGGACUUCCAAUUGAUUUUCCAUUUGUCUACCGGCUAUAGCUGUUUGGACAAUCAAAGCUGCUUUUGUGAAGUUAAAUGUCGGAAGUUGAUAUGGCAGUCUCUAAACCUGAGAUGAUGAAAUCCUAUAUAUGGCUCCAGACAACUGAUGGUUCAAUUCAGCAAGUGGAACAAGAGGUUGCCAUGUUUUGCCCCAUGAUAUGUCAUGAAAUAAUACAAAAAGGCUUUGGAUCCUCCAAGAACCAUGCUAUACCACUUCCACAACGAGUCAAUCCUGCCAUGUUGGGACUAAUUCUUGAUUACUGCAGGUUUCAUCAAGUACCAGGUCGCUCUAAUAAGGAACGGAAGUCUUUUGAUGAAAAGUUUGUCCGGAUGGAAACAAAACGACUAUGUGAGUUGACAUCUGCAGCUGACAGCCUCCAGCUUAAGCCUUUAGUUGAUCUUACUAGUCGUGCUCUUGCAAGAAUUAUUGAAGGAAAAACCCCUGAGGAGAUACGUGAGAUAUUUCAUUUACCUGAUGAUCUUACAGAGGAAGAGAAGUUGGAGCCUUUAAAAAACACAACAGAUGAUUUGCGAAUCCGCCUUUUGAAUAGACUCUAUGCGAAGAAGAGAAAAGAAAUAAAAGAGAGGCAGAAACUAAAGAUUGCUGAGGCUCAAGAAGAACAUGCAGAUGACCGCUCAGUUGAUGAUCUCUUAUCGUUUAUUAAUGGAGGCAGCGAAGAUAGCAAAGGAAUAAAAGCUUCAAAGAUUAAAAAGAAGAACCGUAGAAAAAAAGAUCAGCAGAAGUGCUCUUCUUCAGAUGAAUCCAUUGAGCCGCAUAAAAAGGAAUCAAAUGGGCUCAGUUCUUUAUGCCAUGGCACUGAUGUAGAUAAUGAAUUACAGUUUAAAUCAAAUGAGACACCAAAGCGCCGAGGUGUGGAUGAGGACAUGCUCACACCAAAAGUUGGAUCUGAUGAUGGUGAUAUUGAUGAUGAGAUUGAUCCAGCCCUAAAAGAAAUAAUUGAUAGGGAGGUGGAAGAUUUUGCUCGGAGAUUAAAUUCAGAUUGGCCUGAAAGAAUGCAGGAACUUCUAUCUUUGAGUCAAGAGAGUAGGCCACCCCAUUUUGCAAUUAAUGGCAAUAAUACCUUGGGAGGAUAUGGAAGAGUUUAGUUUUCAAGUGUUCCAAAACAUAACAUUCAGAAAUGGAGUUGUGGGGGAAGUAUUUGCAUGAAGAAUCUGAUAAAAUGUUUACAUGCCUUUGAUUUAUCAAAUAGAGCCAGUGCUAUGCUUUAGAACCUCAACCCACUGAGCCAUCAUCAUCAUCAUCACCAUCACCAUCACCAUCACCAUCACCAUCACCCUCACAUUCUUAUGAAAUGCUUUGUUUGGAUGGAGAGGACCAGAUCUAGAGCAGAAAUGAUUUUGCUUUAUGGAUAUAUUAGGACGGCUCAUGCUGAAACAAUUUUGACCAGAUGCCAACACUUUUAUUGGUAGCGCCAACAAGAGAUGAAUCCACAUGUAAGUUUCUUCACAUUAUUUUUCAUUCUUUUUCCAAUUGAAAAAGAAAAGGAAGUUCAAGAAUUGGUUGAGCCUACUUAGGAGGCGAUUUUGAUUGUGGGGGUAGGCUUUUGUACUUUAAGCGAAAUAAUAAAAUGGAAAAUACGUUUUCAUCGACUAGUUUUUAUAAAUUUGUGAGUGGUAAUUUCGUUUUCUCUGAUCUCUUUUUAGAGAAAAGGGGGAAUAGAAAGAGAGGCAUUGUUGACAUUUUAUGAAAGUUUAGUUUGAGUUAAAUUUUUCUUUA